AUGCAUAGAGUUUGCAAUCGAAAAAUUCCUGACCCAGUUCAAAUAUGUUUUAUUUUGGAUUGCUCAGAGUAUCAAAAGAAGCUAAAGUUUGGCAUAACUGGUUUAAUCAAGGAUGUAGCAUUGUCUCAUAAUUAUAUAUUCAUGUUGGUACCUGUAGACUGUUGCAUUUACGUUUUACGGAUAGAUUCGUUAUUAAUCUAUUACUUGAAAAUAGACGCUACUAAAGAGAAUUGGGAUUAUCAACGUUUUGUGGACGCUAAGUUGGAAGUGGAAGCGAUGAGUGAUGAAAUUAUUACUGAUCAUGGAACAAAAGAGUUAGCACAUCUCAGAAUAAAAAAAGUAGAGCAGUUCAAAAAGUUGGACAAGAUUGUAAUCGAAAAUAUGCAAAUUUGCUCUACUACUCGUUCCUGCUUUUUGGCCUUCAGUACGCACAUACAUGAGUCAUCAUCACUUAGACAUUCUUUAGUUCGGAUUUUUACUGAAGAAGAAUUAAUUGAGCAGCAGGGAGCUAUAUUGCUGGACUUA